CAACUUUAACGUUUGCGGACCGCCAUUACAUCAUAGAAGAACAAGAAUAAUAAGAUUUAUCUUUGUUUUAACGUUUAUUCAGUGCCAUACCAUGGCGUCGAUUGAGGCUUGGUUUAUGGACGAUUCUGACGAAGAUCAUAGGAUGCCACAUAAACUAAAUCCAAACGAACCCGUCUCUUUGAAGGAGUUAGAAAAUAUUGGGGUUUUCUACUGGAAGUUAGAUGCUGAUAUUUAUGAAACAGACCCUGCGCUGGAAAAGAUCCGUAAAGACAGAGGCUACUCCUACUCCGACAUCAUCACUAUCGACAAGGACAAACUACCUAACUACGAGGACAAGCUGAAGAUGUUUUUUGAGGAGCACCUUCACCUGGAUGAUGAGAUACGCUACAUCCUGGAUGGCAGGGCCUACUUUGAUGUGAGGGACAGAGAGGACCGCUGGAUCCGCAUCGCCAUGACCAAGGGAGACCUGAUCACUCUGCCUGCAGGCAUCUACCACAGAUUCACUCUGACUGAGACCAACUACACUCAAGCCAUGAGACUGUUCGUGGGGGAGCCUGUAUGGAAGGCCUACAAUCGUCCAGCAGAUGAGUUUAUACUCGCCAGAAGUAUGUGAGCGCUCUCCAAUGUGCUUAAGACGAGCAACAGGUGGUACUGAAUGGAUGCAGUGUCCAUAGAAUUACACAAUUUCUAUGACCAACCAAUUUAGUGGAGUUGGAUAAUCAAAGACUCAUGAAAGGCUUUUGUAUUAUCAGGUAUUUCAACUCGUGCAGUGCCUACAUUGUAAGCAAUUAUACUAAUUAAAAUGCCACUUUCUACAAUUCUGUCUGUUGUAUUGCACCACUCAAGGUCACAUUCUAUUUUUGUAACACUAAGUCAGUGAGAAUCAAGUCUAGUAAGCUGUUUGUUACCUACGGUGAGCUAAAAUGCCAGUAAGCUAUCGCAUUAAAAAAAUCACUCUUCAAUCA